GGCCCCUUGUUGUCACGGCGCCGUGCAGGGCUGGGGCUCUUCGCGCUGCCGCCGCCGCCGUUGCUGCCGCCGUGGGAGCCCGGGCGGGGAGCGGUGCCGCUGGCCUCGUCACCCGCUCUCCCGGCGUGGGAAGAGGCGCGCUCGCCAUGGCCACCAGCACCACGGGCUCUACGCUGCUGCAGCCCCUCAGCAACGCCGUGCGACUGCCCGUCGACCAGGUCAACUUUGUAGUGUGCCAACUGUUUGCCUUGCUUGCGGCUAUUUGGUUUCGAACAUACCUUCAUUCAAGCAAAACUAGCCCAUUUAUAAGGCAUGUUGUUGCAACCCUCCUGGGCCUCUAUCUUGCACUUUUUUGUUUUGGAUGGUAUGCCUUACAUUUUGUUAUACAAAGUGGAAUUUCCUACUAUAUCAUGAUCAUAAUAGGAGUGGAAAAUAUGCACAAGUAUUGCUUUGUUUUUGCUUUGGGAUACCUCACCGUGUGCCAAAUUACUAGAGUCUAUAUCUUUGAUUAUGGACAGUAUUCUGCUGAUUUUUCUGGUCCAAUGAUGAUAAUUACACAGAAGAUCACUAGUUUGGCAUUUGAGAUUCAUGAUGGAAUGUUUCGGAAAAAUGAAGAUUUGACCCCAUCGCAGAGGUGCUUGGCUGUAAGACGCAUGCCAAGUCUACUGGAGUAUUUAAGUUACAACUGUAAUUUCAUGGGUAUCCUGGCAGGCCCGUUAUGCUCUUACAAAGACUAUAUUACUUUCAUUGAAGGCAGAUCAUACCAACUGCAACAGUCUGAAGCAAAUGGGAAAGAAGAUACAAAAUAUGAGCAAACGGAUCCUUCUCCAAAUAUAGCCGUGGCACAGAAACUUCUCAUCUGUGGACUGUCCUUACUCUUCCACAUGACUAUUACAAAAACUUUGCCUGUGGAAUACAACGUUGAUGAUCACUUCAGAGCUACAGCAUCGUGGCCUGUGAGGUUUUUCUACCUAUACGUAUCUCUUAUGGCUGCCAGACCCAAGUAUUAUUUUGCAUGGACUUUGGCAGAUGCAAUCAAUAAUGCAGCAGGGUUUGGUUUUAGAGGCUAUGAUAAAAAUGGAGUUACACGUUGGGAUCUAAUAUCAAAUCUGAGAAUCCAGCAAAUAGAGUUUUCAACAAGUUUCAAGAUGUUUCUUGAUAACUGGAAUAUCCAAACAGCUCUUUGGCUUAAAAGAGUGUGCUAUGAACGAGCCACCUUCAGCCCGACCAUCCAGACCUUCAUCCUUUCUGCCAUCUGGCAUGGCGUUUACCCAGGAUAUUAUUUAACGUUUUUAACAGGAGUACUAAUGACACUAGCAGCACGAGCUAUAAGAAACAAUAUCAGACACUAUUUUGUUGAAUCUCCUGCUGUUAAACUAUGUUAUGAUUUUAUAACAUGGAUGGCAACUCAACUAGCAAUAAGUUACACAGUUGUGCCGUUUGUACUGCUCUCUGUAAAACCCUCUUUCACCUUUUACAGUUCCUGCUAUUUCUGUCUUCAUAUUGCCAGCAUCCUGGUGUUGUUGGUAUUUCCAUUGAAAAGAACUCAAAAAGGAAGUAAAAAGCAUGAAAGUGUCCAGCCUCUGUGGUCCAGAAAACUAGAAGAAGAAAAUCUUUUGCAAAAGAACAGUUAUUCCACAACAAAUAAUAGUUUUGGUCAGAAACAAGAAAUAACCUGCAGAUAUCAAGCAUUAAAACAGUGAUUGAGGAAAUACUAUGAUGAAUAUAUUUUGUAUGUUUUCAGAAACCCAUUUUAGCACCUUUUAAAGGGGUUUGUAUUUGUUUGCAAAGAUGUUUAGUAAGAAAAGAAUGCAUUACCUAGGAAAAUCACAUACAAUAGCAAGACUGGAAACAAAACAAAUUAACCCCUCCCAUGCCAUGUCCCUGUGGGUCACGCCUUAUAUGAAGAUAUUACCAUUAUUUCAAUGGGCACUCAGGACUUGCAGCGUAUGUCCAUAGGGUCAUAUGUGUGCCCUUUGCUGAAUGUACGUUGUGUAUCCCAAGGCACUGAUGGGGCGGAAUAAAAUUGUGUCAAUCUAGGAUUAACAAAUGGAAAUGAAUUUUUCCAAACGAAUGACUUGCCUUAAACCCUCUAUUUACUGAAAUAUUGUUUCUAAGUGGGUGUUUUCAAGUUUGAUUUUAUGUGGAAAGCAUAUUUGAAAUAUAUAACACUAUACGCUAUAAAGAAGAAAAAUAUAGGAAAUGUGAAGUCAUUAGAAGGCUUUUGAAUCUUUAGAAGGGAAUUGCAAUAAGCAUCUCAGUAUUUGGAGGGUUUUCUUAAAGUAUCUCAAACUAUUACAGUACAUUACAGAACUGUAAACAUUACUGAUGCCAAAUUAUAGUUAGGUUUCUUUGAUAAAGAGUAUAAUUACACAUAGCCCUUCUGAAUGGAUUAAAAAAAAGUAAAACACCUGAAGGUUCACCUUUUCCAGGGCUUCAUAGCUCCAAUGUAGGUUUCUUUUACUUUAAAGUACCUAAAAAAAAUGAAACACUGCCACGUGGGCUUUGCAGCCAGCGAAGGAAAGACAGCAGUGGGACACAGAAGACAAUGUGCAAGCACCAGGAUUUCAAUGAAAGUGUGUUUUUACCCUCAAAUACCAGAAACACUUGUUCUAGAAUAGAACUGUUUUACAACAGAAGAUUUUUAAUACUUAAGUGUUUAAUACUUAAAGUUGUUUUGAUUUCCCAGGCAUAAGGUAGAUAGUUAAUGUUCCUUUCAGUACAAAAUACCAAAAUUACCUUGAGCUCUAGCGCAUAGGUAGCCAAAUGUGAAAUGGCUAUCAGAACCAAUUUCUGUAUGCUUGAUAACUGAUGGCCCUUUAUCCCAAGAAGUAGAUGAGUUUAAGAAAAAACUUUUUCUUUAAAUUAGAAUUUUAGAUGCAAUGUUCACACCAUAUUUGUGAGUAACACAGUGAAAGAAAGAAAUCCUUCAGAAUAUUUGACUUACUGAAUUUUGGGAGUGUGUCAAGGGAAUAAUGCAGUGGUUGUAUCUAUUCCAGACUAUUUAUUGUGAUGAUGUUCCCUGCUAGCGUACUACCGUUAAAGGGCUACAUUUUAAUUGCUUAUAUUCUGUAUUUUCGUGUAAUUUUUUUAAGUAAACACAAACUGUUUAUCCACAUGGGUUUUUUUAGCUUUAAAACUGACACAAAAUACUACCAGAGAAAAAUAAUGCAGCUUGUUGAUUAAUAACCUAGAAAUGAAUGAGAAAAAUUUUGUCAUAAUA